UGCACUGUGGCAGUUUCCACACUGUAUUGGUGCACUGGACGGUAAGCACGUGGUCAUCAUGCCUCCCCCCAAGACAGGAGCCAUGUACCGCAACUACAAAGGCACUUUCAGUGUCGUGCUCAUGGCCCUUGUAGGUGCAGAACUGAACUUUUUGUAUGUCGACAUUGGACGGAACGGCAGGAUGAAUGACAGUGGAGUGUGGAAUUCCUGCAGCCUGAGGGCAAAACUGGAGAGUUCCCCUUCAGUCCUCCCUCAACCCCAAGCCUUGCCGCACUCUUCCAUGUCAGUCCCUUAUGUAAUUGUGGGCGACGAGGGCUUUGGGUUAAAGAAUUAUUUGAUGAGGCCAUAUCCUGCAAGGGAGCUGAGCACAGACGCCAGGAUCUUCAACUACAGGCUAUCUAGGGCACGCCGUACGGCUGAAAACGCCUUCGGAGUCUUGUGCAGCAGAUGGCAGAUCUUCCGGGCUCCUCUGCGCCACUCUCCAGAAAGAGCCACCGCAAUCAUCAAGGCCACCAUAGCUCUGCACAAUUACCUCCAAACGCAGAGGACUACACGACCGCUCUACCUGCCGCCAGAGAUAGUAGAUGUGGAAGAUAUUUGCACAGGCACCGUUCGUCGGGGCUCAUGGAGACAAGCCGUAAGCAACCAUGGAGCCAUGCGGCCCUUGCCACGACCUGGAGGGAACUGUUCCAACAGUGCGAAAGCUGUCAGGGAACUGUAUACACAGUACUUCAGCAAUGAAGGACAAGUAGGCUGGCAGUGGAAAAUGAUCUAAGGCCCGUCUUCACUAGUCUCACAGAUGCUGGUGCCCUCUCCUUCAUCUUCAGGAAAAGUGAUUGUGCUCUGUGAGGACUGUGCAUCCUGC